AUUACAAUCUUUUUUUCUCUCUCUUCUAGGAGUAAAAACAUGAAAGUCCUAUUUUGGUAUAUUUUCAUUGUUUUACUCCUACUUUUAUCUUUUUCCAUAUUUUCAUAUAUCAUUAUUAAAAAAAAUAAAAUUGGGUUGCCCCGUCCAUGACUCUCAAACCAUGGAGGAAUGAGGAUGCCAUGCGAGGCUUUAGGAGAAAAGUGGUCUGCCGGAAGAAGGAAGUGCCCUUCAUCAUGAUGGCCACCAUCAUCAUCAUCUACCUUUCUUUCAGUACUCCAUUAUUAUUAGAAGUAGAAGCAUGCCAUCCAGUAGACCAAGAGGCCCUACUGGACUUGAAGAACAGCAUCACAGAGGAUCCCCAAAAGAUGGUCCAGAAUUGGACUCCUUCCACAGACUGCUGCAUCCAAUGGGAGGGCAUCACAUGCGACAACCAAACAGGCCGGGUCUCGGAAAUGGACCUUCGCGAUCGCCAGAACUUGUCGGGUUCCAUCCCGGGUUCCAUCCCGGAUUCCAUCGGGAGGCUCGAGAAGCUCAGGCUUCUUGCAUUGGGAGGGAACAGGUUCAGUGGAAGAAUUCCAAGCUAUAUAGGGAAUCUUCAGGAGUUAAGGGUGCUAUGGCUGUACUCGAACAGCCUGAGUGGUCCCAUUCCUCCAUCAAUUACAAACUUGACCUCACUGGAGCAGCUUGAUUUUGAAAACAAUACGCUGACGGGGACGAUCCCACUGGCCAUUGGACACCUUAAAAAGCUGACAACUCUGUCUCUUGGCACCAACAAUCUCACAGGGAAUCUCCCGGAAUCUAUUGGCCGCCUAUCCAGUCUCAUUUCUCUAGCCCUCUCCAAUAAUCACUUUACCGGAGAGAUCCCAGAGACUUUUGCAAAUCUUCGCAACCUCACGAAUAUGGAACUGUCAAGAAACCAACUCAGUGGCAAGAUCCCUCCCAAGUUGGGAAGCAUGCCAUCAUUAGUAUAUUUGGAUCUCUCAUUCAACCCAUCUCUCAAUCUCCAGGCCAUUCCGGAGUGGAUUUCUUCAAUGAAAGUUGGGUCUCUUUUUUUAGCGGGAACUGGGAUCAAAGGGGAGCUUCCCAACUGGCUGGCUUCUUCAUCACUUACAAGGCUAGAUUUAUCGAACAAUGGAAUGACUGGAAAAAUCCCUUCUUGGAUUGAUGAAUUUAAAUAUCUUUCAAGGCUGAUGGAUCUUGAUCUCCAUUCAAACAACCUUUCUGGAGAUACGAACAACAUAUUCAACAAAUCAUGCGGCACGAUAUUUGGAGUAUACUACUCAAUAGAUCUCUCAGAUAACCAAUUUUCUGGAGGAUUGGGAGAGAUUGUAGAUGGACUUUAUUGUGCUCUGAAUGCAUUACAGUCCCUGAGAUUAUCAAACAAUCAGAUAGAAGGAAGAAUUCCAAAAGCUCUUGGGAACGCUACAAUUCUGGAGACAAUAGUGCUUUCAGGCAACAAGUUCAACGGUACAAUACCAGAGGAGGUGAUGAAUCUUGAAUCUCUAAAAGAGUUUGAUGUUUCUAGGAACAGACUGAGUGGGGAAAUCCCUGCUCACAAAGCAAACAUACCCAAGGAGGCCUUUCUGGGGAACCCUGGCUUGUGUGGAUCCCCACUUCCUCCUUGCACACUCUAAUGCCUUGGUUGGUUAGUUAGGGUCUAGGGGAUAGAAAUAAUGAAUGAAGAGUGAGACGGGAAGAGUGUGAGAGAAUGAGAAAAAUAGUAGUGGUAGUAAAAUAGUGUGGGAAUAAAAAAUUGGAUUUUCGUCUAUUGUUUUCAUUGGAAGAAUAUUUGACAGAGUAAUAUUCUAAUGAUAGCCCUCAUAUUUUCAUGAUUUUCGUACACAUAAUAUUUCUAAUAAUCUACUAUCAUUUUC